ACCAUUGAUUGCAGAUCGACCAAAACUUGAGACGAUCGACACGAUCAAUCUGAUGAUUCAUCAUCAGAAUGGAGCUCAUGGGCAAAGCCACGUGGGAUUGCAUGGUCAAGCGAAUUCAGAUGUUUCAACAACCAGUCAAGGUUACCGCAGAAAAAAGGCCAGUAGGGCUUGCUUUCAUUGCCAAAAGGCACAUCUGACCUGUGAUGACUCACGUCCUUGCCAACGAUGUAUCAAGCGUGACCUUGCGGGAUCUUGUACAGAUGGUGUGAGAAAAAAAGCCAAGUAUCUUCAAGAUGCAGUCGAUUCUCAGCAGCAGGCUGCUGAGACAGAAUCACAGACUGGCAGCGUUGAAGGAUCGCCGCUGAAUGAUGCACAUGCUCUAUUCAGCUUUCCUGAUGUCCCAUCGCCAUUAUCCUCUUCCUCCUCGAGGUUAUCCUCCUUAACAUCAACAGCAGCAGCACAAUCAACCAUUCCUCUUACCAGCACCGCAAAUUCAAACCUCUUGACAUCAUCAACGACUUCUACAAUUCUUGACCACGGAUUUGGAUCAGACGCUAUCAAUCUUGAAUACUCUAUCCUCUCAACUAUGCUCUCUUCACCAACAGCAGAAUUGCAGUCCAUAGCCUCAGGGUUUUCGAUGGUCGACACCUGGCAGCGUCAGGAUGCGCUCGAAGCCAUGGCCAAUACGCUGCAACAACAACAGCAGCACCAAGGGCACCUACAAAGGUCGGUCUUGGCACAACAGCAGCAGCAGCAGCAGCAACUACAGCAGCCACUAUUGUUAAAAAACAAUACUGGCAAGAGCAUUUUUGGUCAAAGCGAUACCUUGCAGGCGGCUAAUGGUUCCAUGAAGGGUACUAAGCGCAAGUUCCCCAGCAACACGCCUGAAAAUGUCUAUGCUAACACUAAGCAACCCUUCAAUUACACUGAUGGCUUUCAUUAUCUCUUACAAUAUGUCCGUGAAAGGAUGGACAAGGAGGAGAUGAUGCGUGUGUGCAGGGCUAUGGCUAUGUUUCGCCCUUCGUUCAUUGCGUUGAUCAUGAACUUGACUCCUGAGGACCUCAUCUUCAUGGAGACUUGUUUUCAACGCACGAUCCUUGAGUUUGAAAAGCUCAUCAGCUAUUCAGGAACGCCUACGGUGGUGUGGCGGCGCACAGGCGAAAUUGCGUUGGUAGGGAAGGAGUUCUCGCUGCUGACACAAUGGUCUCGCGACCAAUUGGUACCGAAUAGGACCAACAAUAAUAACAAAAAUAAUAAGAAUAAGUUUAUCUAUGAGCUUAUGGACAAUCAAUCAGCGGUCGAGUACUGGGAAAAGUUUUCGACCCGUGCAUUCGAGAACACGGAGCAGACAGUCAUGACAACAUGUAUUUUGUUGAGCCCGACCAACCGAGUUGUUCCCUGCACGUUCUGCUUUACAAUCAAACGCGAUAUCUUUGACAUUCCACUAGCAAUUGUGGGCAAUUUCUUACCGAUUCUGUCUUAAAAAAUAUUAUUGUUCUAAUUUCCAUUUUUUUUUUUUUCCCUCUAUGUACAUUCAUUUUUCUUUUUUCCAUUUGUAAAGUGAGCUCGAC